UCAGCUCCGCACAGACAGUGUGAGAGACAGCCAUGGAGAGGUGGAGAGCGGACUGUUUUCUUUGUUAUUUUUAAAGUCCUGCAAUUCGCAACUAUGACACUGUUCGCCGUGACCUGUGCAGGUCCAAAUGCCCGAUGCACUCGAAAGCAGCAGGGAGAUUUCCACUGGCUAAGAGUUUUUUUGCAGCGGCAUAAGUAGAGGCCUGGAUCUAAUAGUUGCGCAGUUUGGGCUCUACAGGGACGUUGUGUAUGGAUGCUGGGACUAUGAGCAUAAGCGACAAAAGGGCCUACUUAGCAGACCUGGGAGGCAGCUUCACUGAGGAUGCUCCCAGACCUCCAGUACCAGGGGAAGAAGGCGAGCUGGUGUGCAGUGAUGGACACCAAUACAGCAACCUCGGUUUCUCAAAGAAUGAGAGCCUCAAAUGUGAGGCGUCUGUGGCUACACCCAGGCGACCUGACUUGGACCUGGGUUAUGAACCGGAGGGAAGUGCUUCCCCAACACCACCCUACGUAAAGUGGGCAGAAUCUCUUCACUCCCUCCUGGAUGAUCAAGAUGGCAUCCAUCUGUUUAGGACGUUCCUCAAGCAGGAGGAGUGUGCAGAUAUGUUGGACUUCUGGUUUGCAUGCAGUGGGUUCCGCAAACUUGAAGCUAACGAGGGUAACGAGGAGAAGAAGGUAAAACUGGCAAAAGCCAUCUAUAAAAAAUACAUCUUGGACAACAAUGGGAUUGUUUCCAGACAGAUCAAACCAGCUACCAAGUCCUUCAUCAAAGACUGUGUCAUGAAGCUUCACAUCGAUCCCGCAAUGUUCGACCAGGCUCAGACUGAGAUACAGACUAUGAUGGAGGAAAACACCUAUCCUUUAUUUCUUAAGUCUGACAUAUAUUUGGAAUUUACACGGACAGGGGGAGAGAGCCCUAAGCUAUACAGUAAUCAGAGCUGUGUCUCUGGGAGUGGAAAGGGGCUGUCUGGUUAUUUACCGACUUUAAAUGAAGAUGAGGAAUGGAGAUGUGACCACGAGCCAGAGGAGCAGCCUGAGUGUGACCCCACACCGAGCAAACGGCUUACUCAGAAGCUGCUAAUGGAGACGGCCCCACAGCGUGUUGCCAGCAGCGUGAGAUUCCAGGACAGUCACGAGUACAGACAUGCACCAAGUCGGGAGCCCAUCAACCCAUACUAUGUCAACAGUGGUUAUGCUAUGGCUCCUGCCACCAGUGCCAACGAUAGUGAGCAGCAGAGUAUGUCCAGUGAUGCAGACACAGUUUCCCUUACCGACAGCAGUGUAGAUGGGAUUCCACCCUACAGAUACCGCAAACAGCAUCGCCGGGAGAUGCACGAAAGUGCCAAAGCAAAUGGGCUAGUGCCACUACCUCAUAUUCCACGCACCAACCGGAUUCCAAAGGAUAUACAUGUGGAGCCGGAAAGGUUUGCUGCAGAGCUUAUCAGCAGACUGGAGGGCGUACUAAGGGAGAGACAGGCUCAAGAGAAACUAGAGGAGCGACUGAAGAGAGUACGACUGGAAGAGGAAGGUGAUGAAGUCCUGCUCACAGCCACAGCAUUAUCAUGUCACAGGUUCCCCCCUGGUGCUUAUACGCAGAAUUACAACUCUCGCUAUGCUGAUACCACCUACAGUGGUCCUUUAAUUAGAGAUGCUCAUGAGGAGAACCCUGAAAGCAUCCUGGACGACCACGUCCGGCGGGUUAUGAAGACUCCCGGCUGCCAGUCUCCAGGUACAGGCCGUCACUCUCCCAAGUCACGCUCCCCAGAGGGUUUCCCAGGGGGCAAAGGGAUGGGACUUGGAAUGGCUCCGUCCUCAGGCCAGGGUAAACAUCCUUCCAGACACGGCCUCAAGGGAGACACCAGCCACUUGUACCACCACAAACACCUGCACCACGUCCAUCACACAAAUAUUGGAAAGCCCAAAGAGCAGGUGGAGGCUGAGGCAGCUAUGCGUGUACAUGGCAGCUUUCCCUGGGGCAUGGAGACGAGUCAUUAUGGAUCAAAGUCUCGCAGCUAUGCAGAAGGCAUGGGAUCCAACCCUAUGGAGCAUACAUAUAGCAAGGGUGGCACGCAGUGUAAAAAGGCGAUCAAGAAAGGUGAGGAAUUGCGGCCUUAUGACAUGCCAGGGCCUGCAGAGGAGAUGGAGAAAAACCAGAAGAUCCUUUUGUGGCUUAUGGAAGGACAGAAAGAAAUGGUUCAACAGAAGAGGAGCCCAUACGGGAGUACAGCUGGGUCGAAGAGGACCACAGGCCAUGAAGGAUCCCGUCUCAGCUCGGCGGAGCGAUCAGGGUCGGUGCACCCUUGCCUUAGCACCCAACUGCGGAAUAACGUGCAGCCAUCUCACCCGUUCAUCCAGGAUCCCACUAUGCCCCCCAACCCAGCUCCCAGCCCCCUUAUCCAGCUGGAGGAGGUGUGCCGGCGGCUUGAGGAGGAGAAGAUCAAGUCUGGAACUUUACAACCCAAGCAGAGGUAUGUGAUGGAGGUUAUCCAGAGGGGUCGCACUGCAGUCAGGCCUGCACUGAUCCCUCCGCUCAGCGUGGUACCUGCCGUUUCUGACAGUGAGCUCUCCAAGUCUGAACAUAAAGCUACUAAAAAGCAGCCAUGUGAAAACAUAACUGUGGCGUAUUACUUCUGUGAGGAGCUAAUACCGUACAGGACGUCUGUCAAAGGGAGGGUCGUCACACUUGGCCAGUUCAAAGAACUGCUAACAAAGAAAGGAAAUUACAGGUAUUAUUUCAAGAAGGUAAGCGAUGAGUUUGACUGUGGGGUGGUGUUUGAAGAGGUACGUGAAGAUGAUGCUAUCUUGCCCAUCUUUGAGGAGAAGAUUAUCGGGAAAGUGGAAAAAAUUGAUUGAAAUGUGCAUGUUGAAGACAAAGGAGUCUAUAAAGCCAGCGUAUUAUGGACUAAGGAGCGACUGGAUGGCGAAGAGGAAGUGUUUUAGGAUUGCGCCCGGACGAGCGGAGAAGAAAGUCAUACAGUAGAAGUGGAUGUAGAGGUUAAGAGCGAAGCAGUGGUCACAGCGGAUGACUUGUGACUUUAGAGGCUCAGUAACACCACUGCAGUGACAUUGGACUAGAAGAAAAAAAAGACCUCAUUCACUUCUUUGGAGUGUAUUGUAGCAUUGUAAAGUUUCCUAGAUAAAUGAAGAACAAAAGUGCUACUAAAGCUACAUAUUUUUGAUAUGAUGUAUCAGAGGGUGUCCUUUCUAAAGUAACCACACUUGUAAUUUUAUAUCUAUUGGUACCAGAUGUGUACAUUUUGUGUUAAAAGAUAACAAAAUUUUAUAUCUAUUUAAGUAUUUAAAAUGCUCAUUUUCAAUCCUAUUGAAGCAGGAGUGUCGCCCCUGUUGAAGACGAUCAUAAUCCCUUAUAGGGCUGAUUUUUAUUUGUUCUCAUUCAUGGUAAGAGCCUUCUGGAUCCUAAUGUUUGUGUUCGUCUUAGUGCUUUUAAUACUUUAUUUACCAGUACUUUAUUUUGUUGCAUUCAGUCAGGCUGCACUUUCAUUGUAUAGUAUACCACUUACUAUGUCUCAACGUAGGCUGCAACAUAAAUUUCUGCAGCACCAAACUUGUGACCAGAAAAAUCUAAACCCUUGAACAGUAUGUACAGUGUGAACUGUAAUCCAAGACAACCCAGUGUCUUAAAAUAGUACUUUUAAGAAGAGCUUCGUCAUUUAUGGUGAUUUGAGCCUUAAAUUUUGUCUAAUGGAUUCGAAAUAAACCGAAUAAGAAAGACUAAUGCAAUCCAAUACAUCAUCACAAACUCAGACGUAAGAAAUGACCGUAGGCGAUUACCAUGGAGUGAGUUCCUCUCUGACACAGUAGCAAGAUAAAUUGAACAUCAUUAAAUUAACAAAGUUGUUCUUGGCAAUUUUAUUGGGUUGCAUUAAGAAUUGAAUUGAAUUCAUUUCAGGAUAACCCCUUGAGAUGUAUCAUGUCAUUUUCGAGUUGGUCCUGCACAAAAGUUAACCACACAGUACAUAUACAUAAACAUAAACACAAUACACAGACAUAUAUAAAAAAGAAUAACUCGCUCAUCUGCCCUUACCCCCUAUUACUACAUGCUAUUACUAUAUUGUAUAGGUUGUUUUAUUUUCCUGGUCAUUUGGUGAAUGCUGCAUGUAAAUGCAACCAACGGCUAUUUAAUGUACAGUAUUUUACUGCAUUGUUUAAUCCACAACCCAUUUAAGUUUUAAGAAAAUUGCCUUGGAAUAACACAGUAGAAGCAGUGAAACUGUAAAAGAAAUAAUUAUAUGGUUGGAAUUACAAGGUGAAUAUCUAUGCAAGUUGGUUUAUAAUAGUGUUGCCCUAAUCCAAAAACUAUACCUGGCAUUUAUGAACUCAAAAAAAAAAACUCAAUUCAUAAUACACAUACGGACAGUCAGGUUAUUAAAAGCCUGUUUAAGUAAAUGUUUUUAAUUUUAAUCCUGAUUGUGAAUGAGUAAUUUUACCUUAUUUAAACUAGUGCCAAUUAUUUGCAGUUAAACAUUGAAUGACACGGGUUGGGGUUCGUAUUCAUUCCCAGUUUAAAGUCAAGUACUGCCUUCAGCAUUUAGAGGUUAGUGUUAAUGAAACAGAAGAGCAGCUUCCCCACUUGUAGACUUGCACACUUGUUCAUGCUUGCAGUGCAGAGUGUCCCUUCAACCUGGUCAUUUAAGGGCAUAUCAAAGCAUUUGAAUGAAAAGGCUGGUGAAUGUCAUCAGACUAUCAUCGAUUGAUCUUUUGCAAUGAUGACAAAGGCAUAUUUAAGCCUAGUUUAAGUGCUCUACCAUUUAACAGUGUAGAGGAGAGUUGAACAUAUUCAGAUUUCCCUGAAGUUCUGUUAUCACAGAUUUUCUCAACAGGAGUUGACAGACACUGAAAUAUUGCAAUUAUGUUUAUCAAGUUUUUAUGUAUUUUUGUUUUUUUUGGUUAAUCUCUAUGAUCCCCAAGAUUUACCAUCUUAAACUUUUAAUCUCUUAUCUGUAGACCACUACAUCUUGUGCCUAGCAGGAAUUGAUUGUUUAGUGCAAAUGAUCUACUCUUGAUAGAUCACGUUACACCAAAGAGGAAAGUCGAUGGUAGUUAUUGUAGGUACAAUUACCCUUUCACAUUGAUAUUCCUCUUGCACUUAUUAUAUGAUAUUCUUGUUAUGUUUUUUAUGUUUAAACAUUGAAGCUCCACAACGUGUUUUGCAAUUGACAAGGUGUAUAUGAUGAUGAUAUGCAGUUUUCUGAUACAUCUGGACAUCAGCUUUUAAAAGUUGAACACCAGACAUUCGAUUGGGACACUUCAUUUAGAUGUUGUUGAAAUAAUGAAAAAAUGUCUCUGCCAAUUUAUGUUUCCCGUUCCAUCUAUUUGGCAAUGUAAAUGACUCUUUUGCACUGGAAUACAACAAACUGACAUGAAACAAAAAAUCAUGGCACAUAGUCAGCAGGGGAGGCUACAUGACAUUAAGGCCACCACGUUUUCUAUCAGUACCUCUUCAUUCGUAGUCCAUAAUGAGGAAUGUGUUAUCAUAAAAGCCUUUUUUUAUAUGGAAUAAAAGAAAGAAAAGUGGACCUUGAAACUAGAGUGCUGUAUUGUAUGUAUUGUUGCAUAGAAACCCAGUGUAAGGAAUUUGUAAUUUUCUUUGCAUUUUUUUUGAUGCUGCCUUAUUUUUAGAUUAAUUUAAAUCAGUUUAACUUAAAUAUAUUUACUGCAUUUGCUUCCAGAGGUCUUUUAUCUGUUAAAUUGCACUGCAUUUACCUCCAGUGGUUCUUUGCCUGUUAAAUUAUACAUUUUUGAGUACAUCAAGUUAAGAACUAUGUGUCAUCUUGAUUUUCAUUGUUUAUUUCCUAUUAGAAAUAUAGAGUAUCAUAUCUGUUAUGAUUUUUACUGUGAAAGCCCCAAAAGUAAACUUCCCUUAUUUAAGAUCAAUGUAAUGUAUAUAUUAAAUAUCAGUGCCUUUUAUUACUAUGCUAAUGAUGUCUGCAGUGUGACUUUCAGACAGAUGUGGGGACAUAAAUACCAGGGACUAGCUUUAUUUUUCUGUUUUUUUAGUUUGCAAAGUGUUUCUUGUUUCAUUUUUGUCACUAUUCCACCUUUUCUAUGUAAAUAUGUACAACGUAAAUUGUCAGCAGCCAUGUCAGCACAUUCAGUACCCUGGACCUGUUCGCUAACUAGCAUGGUUACCAUUUAAAGGUACCUGGACAAUAAAUACAUGCAAUAAACCAGA